ACAGUAUAAAAGAUCUUGUGUUUCAAUCGAAAUCAUCAGUAACUUUUCAAAAGUCUUCAAGAAAUCAUCUAGAAAAGCUCAAAAAAACAAUCAAAAUGUUCAAGACAUUGAUUCUCGCUUUCGCUAUCUUCGCUGUUGCCUUCGCAAUUCCAGCUCCAGCUGAACGUCAAGAACGUGCUGCUGUCUACUCAGCAUAUAGUGCUCUUCCAUACUCAGCAUACCCAACAUAUUCAGCUUACGGCUCAUAUCCAACAGCUUACUCAGCUUAUUCACCAUACACCUAUGGUGGAUAUUACGGAGCUGUUCCAGCAGUCAGAUAUGUCUAAAAUGGAACUUUUAACUUCUCUUGCUUUGUAUAAAUUUCGACUCUGAUAACUUCUUUCCGGACAUGUCAUAAAUCCAAUAAAUACUUUUCAAACUUAAAA